AUGUUGACGCAGAUUGCAACGCUGCGGUUCACUUUGGGUAGCAACUAUGACAACAUUGUGAUUCGUGACGUUCAAUUGUGGCGGGAGGGCCGUUCGUGCGACCAGCCGGUGCGACAUCUUACGGGUACUCUUCUCCAGUACGUGGAUCUCGACAAGCUGCCAGUGUGGGUCACUGGCAGCGGGACUGUAGCCACCUGUUUCACUGCCAGCUCGACAGCGGUAGCAUACUUUACCAGCAAGUUAAGACGCGAGAGACGCGGGAUCGUGGUACAAACAGGCGACGAGUUUCUCAUACUGCAUCGGGAGAAGGAUCAAGUGCGAUGUCUGGAGGUCGAUUUGGUCGCUAAAGCAAGAAUUGACUCGCAGAUCAAUGCUCUCGAGGCGGCUGCGGCCGCGCCGACCGCGGCCAAGGACGAUAACAUAGACGUGGUGCUGCGGCAGUCGCAAGAGAGAAAGAGCUUCAGCAACGAAAAGGUUCUGAAAAAGCUGCAUGCGAGCGAGAAGAGAUCACAGUUCAACCAGACGCUGUCGAAACUGAUCCUGGGCGGGCUGCGACUGCGAGGCAUACCCAACUCGCAGUCCGGAUUCCAAAAGCUGUACAAAAUGACCUUCAGCGCGGCGGAGUUCUCUCACAGGAAACAACUGCAGGCAUUGGCGGGCAACACGGGCGCAGAGAUACCAUUCGAAGAGCUCCAGGCAACGGUAGAGACGCUGCUUGAACUGUUCACCAGAUUCUGA